UUCACCACAGUUUUGAAAGUUGUUAAGUGUCUGUGGCUUUGUGUUUUACUGUGUAGAGACACUGUAGGAUGUUCCUGACUCACUCUAUGAUGGGAUUGAUUGUGUUGACAGUCCUCAGCCUCUGUCUGCCUGUGUGGAGUGCUGUGACUGUGAUCCAGCCAUACAGAGUGGUGAGCACCAAUGGUACAGCACAGAUCCAGUGCUUUCUCCAACCUCAACCCUCCCAUAAUCAGAUUCAACCUGAACAUGACACCAUGACCUAUCCCUACCCUGAACCUGAGGAUUUCCGUGUGAUUCUGCUCAAAGGCCUCCACAGCACUCAGGAAUUCUGCUCAUCCAUCGUUGACUUAACAGAGCAGAGACAGACGUAUGAGGAAAAAGAAGGAGAAGUGCUGUGCCAUGCUCAGGUGAGAGAGGGCACUGUGGAGGUGACAGUUUCUGGACUGAAGGCAACAGACACGGAUAUAUAUCGCUGUGAGAUAGAAGUCUUCUACCCACCACCAUAUCUGCGGAUUCCUGGCAAUGGCACACUCAUUCACGUCUUAGACAGCUCUGAGUGUCCUGUGCCAGAGGUUCAGGCACAGAUCGCAAACCAGGGUGAUGGAGAAGAGGAGGCUGAGGGUGACUCAUCAUUCAGUGUCCCUGUGAUUAUACUGCUGAUACUGGUCGUGUUGGUCCUCAUCAUCAUUAUCUACGUCCAGACUCUCCAGUGUGAACGAGGGAGGAGGGAGAUCGUCAGACCGGUUUCCAGAGUGUUUCACAAAGCCGAUGCUGCUCCAUUUUCAUUUGAAAAUAUUGCAUGAAAUACACACUUCGAUCCAAAGCAGCCUUGACCUACAAGUAUUAGAACAGCAUUUUUUAAUGCAAGGUUAGAGGAACAGAGAUCCAAUAUCCCCUCUGCUAUGCUUGAGGUUCUUUUUGACUACAGUUAUGGAUAACAGCAACAUGACAUUUGUGUGUCCGUUACUUAUUAAUAAAACAUAAUGUUUACAUUGUUGUAAACACAAAUCCUUACAUAGCUAAUACUGUGUACAUACUAUUUGUUUGAUUUAAAACUGUAAUGCUAUAAUGCUUUGACUUAUUA